AACAAUAUUAGUUUGCCAUACAAUUGUGGAUGCUGUGAUUUUAAAAAUGGACAUUAAUGAACAAUAAGAACUGUUUUAUAGAGCUGAUGUGAUGAGAAAAGAAAUAUGUAGAUUUGACCUGAAAUAAAUUAUUAGAAAGGACAAUUUUUUUAUUGAGUUUUAUGAUCAAAAUUUUGGGAUUAUUUCAUGUGGAGAGUGACAUUUUUCACCAUCUUCCGGGGUCCAGCAAUUUGCGAAAAAAGUAAUCUCACUUGCCACCCCGAAAAUUUACCCAGACAUGUAUAAAUGUAUCAGCUUCGAUAUGAGCCAUCAUACAUGUUCAAGUAAACGAUGUGGACUGAGCAAUGGAGGAAAACGUUACCAUUGUCGCCUAUGGAAAAUUAAUUAAAAAAGUUGACCCAAAUUGCGAACAAUUAUUUCAAAGGUGUUGGAGUGUUUCAUGGUUCAAUGAUCACAAUUUCGGAUGGGAGCUGCUGAAAUCGAGAGCCACUACAGCACGAGACUCUCUACCCAGACCACAACCUACAGCUUUUAGUGUCUUAGCCAAUGCAACAUCCCGUUUAUUAUUGACUUUCAAGACUGCUGCAGAUGCACGGCCUAAGGCAUUGCGAGAAAAAUUCUUAUUCUUAGGUAGAUGCGGAAAAAAACUUCACAGAAUUGUUCGAAAAGGUCUACCGAAGGAAUUCAUACUGCAAUACUAGUGGAAUCUGACAUUUGCUGAUCCAAUAUGGGUCAGGAUCCCUAAUAGACCUUGAGAUGAGGAACUCAGAUGACGUAAUUAAAAAACAAUAUUAGUCCGCCAUACAAUUGUGGAUGCUGUGAUUUUAAAAAUGGACAUUAAUGAACAAUAAGAACUGUUUCAUAGAGCUGAUGUGAUGAGAAAAGAAAUAUGUAGAUUUGACCUGAAAUAAAUUAUUAGAA